UAAAAGCCCUGCUUUAUAUUUUCCCGGGAUAAAAAGUACCCUAUAACACUCAGAAAUAAUGUAGUUUCCUAUUCGUGCAAAAAAAUCAAAAUCGAUAUAAUAGUUCUUGAGAUUAACGCAUUUAAACAAACAAACUUCAGCGUUAUAUAACAGCAUAGACUACUUUAUCAUUGGGUUUCGUUAUAUUUGAUAUCCUUCUACAACCUUAUUUUCUUAAGUACUUAAAUACGCUAUCGUUGCUGAUUUAACGUGCCCUAGGUGACAGGGUGACAAUAAAUAGGUGUUAAAGACAUGUUGGUAGAACGAUAUCAACAUAUCAGUCACAAAACUUCACAAUUGCUUGUUUUACACUGUGCCAAUCAAUAUACACAAUAUUAUAUUACCUGACGCGAAUACAAAAGGUGCUUACACGCAAUUAUUUUAUAGUAUAAACUGUGUCAAAACUAUGGGUAUACAUUGAUCCUAUAGAAUCUCGUUAAUUAAUAUAUUUUGUGAUUAAUUAUAUUGCGGAUUCAUUCUGAAGACAAGCCUGUAACUAAAGUGGACCUUUUUUAGAUAAUUUUAUUUUAGUAUAGAAAUGGCGCGAAGGCUACUUGUAGACGCAUUAGCUGUUUUUUUUUAUUAAAAAAUGAUCAUAUGUAAGGGUAUUUCUAUGUACCAAACAUAUACCACUUUAGUUUCAGGACAACUAUUAGUAGUUUUAGAGUUAUUGCUAAUUUCUCUGCUAUUAUUUUCUACUUAUUAAAUUAUUUAUUGGAAAUAAAUAUGAAAUAUUAUACACCUAUCAUUAUGAUUUGUCCCAAUAUUUUCGUAUUUUUAUAGAACGAAAUUGAUGAUCAUUUGUAAUUCUUUUUGAGUUUUUUUGUUCGUUACAAUAUUUUAAUCGAAGUUGUUAAGAUGUUCUAGUAUUAGUGUUCUAAUGUACUAUUUAAUAAUACAAGACAAUAAUAAAAUAUUUUACUAUAUUUAAAAUGUAUUUUUCAAUCCUACCCAACAAUAAACCAUGCGGAAAAUUUAAGACUGCCCAUGCCCCAUGCCCCAUAUGGAUAUUUAACUAACCUACUUGAAAAAUCCGACUUUGGUAUCAAGGUGAUAAUUUUAUUAAAAUAAUUAACUUUAGAAAUUAAUGAAUGAAGUAGAUGCCUAUUAAAUAACUUAACUUUAUGGCAACAAAAAGAAAUUAAAUAGAAAUUUAAGUAAAAAUCAAACGAAAUACGUGAAUACCUAUAAAAAAUAAAAACUACGCACAUUAACCAAAGAGUGCCAAAGAGCAAUCAUCAACCUUGAAGUAAAGUUUGUGUCAAUUCUGACAAUUAUUUGCAUUUGCUAUACCAUUAUAAAUGCGCUUUGCAAAGAGAAUACAAAUACUACGUAAGAGCGCUUUGGUGUUUGCUUUAAAAUACAACUAGUGCAAUAAACGUAAUACCAAUACGUUUACGUUUGUCUUAUGUAGUCUUUUGUAUUAUAGACAAAGGUUUAUUUAUUUUUAUUUCAUUUACACAAUAAUGAAGAAAUCUAUGGAAAAAGUUUCUUCAGACAGAUCAUCAUCGGAACUCGACAAUUUGUUUUCGUUUAAAAGAUAUUUUAUAAAUAACAUAGAUUCCUACCAUGGAGAGUAUGUGGUGAAGGAGGUAGCUAAGAUACUUGAAAAGAAUGUUAUAUCGACUCAGCCAACAUCACAAACAAUAAUGGGUGAAGAUGUGGAAGUGCCUCUACCUUCGCCACCCGAACAACCAUACGAGAUUAUAGGAACAGUAAUCGACCAAAAAAUAAAAUCUUGGGAUAAUGUAGCUAGAAUAAUAUCGAAACCAGAAAGCUUACCCCAAAUGCUUACAUGUGGAACAAUAAUUUUUGAUAUAAGUUACGACCGAGAUGAGCUUAAAAUUAUCACAGAUUAUUUAAAAUUAUUAAAGGAAUUGCUUGACAAACAAGUACCUGAAUAUACUGGAGACACAGACGACGGCGCUGGAGAAUCCAAUAAACGAUACAUUAUACUCAUAUCAACUGUAAUGACGUGGGCUUCUACUAAACCUUUGGAUCCGGAAACGCCAGAAAUGCCUUUCAUCGAAAGUGAUUUUCGUAAGAGAAAACCGCAUCCAAACUACAAAGUCCAUUAUGAUGUUGAAAAUGAAAUCGUCGCAAUAGCUAGGAAAUACAAAUCACAAGUUGGGGCUUUGGUCGUGGCAUCUGGAGUGACAUAUGGUGGUCCCGAAGACGUCAUCUUCUAUUGGUUCCAAAAAGCUUGGGAAUGCGAACGUGUACUCCCAAUUCUUGGUCGCGGCGGCAACGCAGUGCCACUUAUCAAUGUAUUGGAUUUGGCACAAAUAAUUUACAAUCUCAUAACGGAUUUUCCGAAAAAACUUUAUAUAUUGGCGGUGGAACAGACAGUAACGAAACAAAGAGAGAUAAUCAAACCACUCGGACGUAUCGUAGGAUCUGGAAUGUUUAAGUGUAUUCCACCGGAAGAUGCAUUUUUGAUUCCAGAAAUAGAUCAAAGAAUUUAUGAUUUGAUGACCUUGAAUUUAAACAUGGAGCCAACUUUCAUCGUCGAAACGAUGGCACUUCAAUGGACUUCAGAAUUAACUUUUGCCGAAAAUGUCCCGUCUCUAAUGAAACAAUUUAAAAAAGAAAGAGCGUUAAAGCCUUUUAAGGUGAUAGUGUAUGGCCCGCCGAUUGUGGGUAAGACUACUUUAUCUAAGCUGAUCUGCGAAGCUUAUGGUCUCGUCUACAUUUCCCCGGAGACAGUUGCCGAUGAUAUUGCGGAAGAUUUGGCUUGGCGUGUAGAUCAUUGGGAAGUAGGUGAAACAGCUGCUUUGGCGCUUCCGACGACUGAGCAGGAAGAUGGAAUGGACGACGACGACGACCCUGGCGAAGAAGAAGGGGCUCAGGAAAACGCUAAACAAACACUUGCUAUACUGCAAUCUGGCCGCCCACUCACAGAUGAUGAUAUCAUUGGAUAUUUGCGUCAGCGACUUCUGUGUCGCGAAGCUUUGAACAAAGGAUGGGUGCUUGACGGAUUUCCCACUUCAUUGACUCAGUGCGGCGCAUUAUUUGAAAAGGGUGACGAACAAGACUCUGAUGAUGGCGAGGAACCUGAAGAAGAACCUUUCGAUGAAGAUGUUGAUUUAUACAGCAAUGUACUAAAGAAAUUGUUGCCAGAUAUAGUGGUGUCUUUGGAGGCCACUGACGAUUUUAUUUGUGAGAAAGCCAUGCGUCAACCCGAAGGAGAUAGUCGUUUAGACGAAGAAGCUGUUUUGAAACGUCUCAGUGAGUUCCGUGCUGGGGACGCUCGCGAUGUCACUCCUCUUAACUUUUUCGAUGAAUUGGAUAUUCAUCCUCUCAUAGUGCCUGUCAAAGAGCAUUCAGAUUACGCUAUGAAAACAGCACAAGCUGCAGUCGCUCUACGUAUGGGCCGCCCUUGUCGUUACGGAAAAUUACUUGCUCUUAUUGAGGCUGCUGAAAAAAAAGAAAAACAAGAACUAGAAACAUUACGCGCAAGCGAAGCGAAGGCAAUGAAAGAACUAGAAAAAAAAAUAAAAGAAGAACGUGAAGAAAAAAUGGAAUAUUGGUCGGAACUGUACGCACUGCUUCGUGAGGAAGAGGAGGCUGCGCUGGCGGCGGCCGGUGAGCCGAUGCGCAACUACCUUGUGCAUCACAUUUUCCCUACUCUGACGCCCGCCUUGCUUGAAGUGGCCAAGCUACGCCCUGACGACCCUAUUGAUUUCCUCGCUGAAUAUCUGUUUAAGCUUAACCCAAGCGGGAAAAUGCUGGAACCAGGAUACAACUUGCAAGCCGAAAAAAUAUUGGGCAAAAUUAAAAUUCUUGAUGCUGCUUUGAAAGAUCUAGAUAUAAAGAUAGAGCCUUUUAUGCCAUUAACUGCCGACCCUAAAGGGCCUUCCUCUUCUAAAAAGAAUUUGGAGAGUAUGAGUGCACUUUAAUUUCUUCUAAACUUAUAUUAAACAACAUAGUUUCAAAUAUUAUAAUAUUAUACGAUGUUGAGUAUUUA